GAGGUUUCGUGACGCAUUCUGGGAAAGUGCGCAUGCCCAGUAAAUAUCGGCCAUGAUAAAAUAUGAAAAAAUGUGAAAUUUAUUACCAUUUGGCCGAAGACGUUCAAGUCGCUCUUUGCCAGUUUGUCUAAGUGCCAUGACACAUCAUGGGCCAGGAGCACUGCGCGUGUGAGAACGACGAUCCUGCUUCCCAACAUGGCGCCUGUUUUCGGGGACCUGAGAAAGCCGUGUUAGCUCCCACUUAGGGUUAUGCCCCUCGCUUCUAUGUCACAGGCUUGCGGGCAACAAUGAACUAUGAGAACCCCCAGCAGCAGUAUUCGUUCAGUCAUGGGUUGGCCAACGCUCCUCAGCUACACUUACAACAGCAGCGACAGCUGCAGCAGCAGCAACAGCAGCAGUUAUUUCAGCAACAGUAUGGACAAGCGGUGUCCUCGUCCAACGUGUACCACCUCCAGUUCGCUGGCGGGGCCCCCGCGGGCAACAACUCCCUCCUGCCGCCACCGCAGGAAGAGACUAAUCCGAUGGGCAUGGCCGGGGGGCUGCAGGCUGCAGGCUUUCCCCCGCCGGGCCUAGUGCCGCAGCAGCUAGUCAAACACGGGGUGCCCGUCAACGUGGACGGGAGCUCCAUCCACGUGAUCAGUGGCCUAGACGGGAUGAUCUAUCCGCACCACAAGUCCGGAGGGUUGAAGAUCAUCCAGACGCCGGACGGCCGGUUAGUCCAACAACAGGAUGGCACAGCUCUGGGCAUGCAACAGGCAAUCAUCGGGGUGGACAUGGUGGGCAACUCAGGGUUUGUGGAUCAGAGUUUACAAAGUGUGGACGCACAGGGUCAGAGUGCGGGGAUGAGGGGGAACGUGUACACCUACACGAAACACAUUCACAACUGGGUGCAGCCUCAGCAGGUGACUGCUGCUACUGUAGGGAACCAGGGAGCCACCGCUGGUCAAAGCACCCUUCCUUCCUUCGGACAUUUGUGGUCACAGUUUCAACAGCAGAAGCAGCAAGUGGGUAUUAUUCAGCAGCAGCAACAGCAACAACAGCAGGCCCAGCACAUGAGCCCGUUCCCCCAACAGCAUCAGUUUUCCAAUCAUUUCCAACAACCCUUACCCUCCCCCCAGCCAUUUACCACAGGUCCUAGCUUGCAAGCCGUGCCUGGCCUUCAGAUGAUCAAGAUGCAACAGCCUCAGCAGAAACCACUUCCCGUGACUGCGGUACAGAUGUCGACCUUGACCCAGCAGGCGCCCGACCAGCCUUUACAAAUCUCGUGCCAGCAGCCAAAGUCUGUAGCAUUUCCCUCCUCAUCCGGGGCUACCAUGUCUCCGACGGUCAUCGCUGCCAGUUGCGUGUCGUCGUCAUCAUUAUCAUCAUCCUCCUCUUCUCUGCCAUCUUCAACCUUAUCAUCGCAGCCUCUCCCCUCCCCCGCCACCGUGAAACAAUUGUCCAAAGCCGUGACGUUUGCCCAGACGGGGCCCCCAAAAGUUACUGUGACGCUGGACUCGUUACCCCACUGUGAAACAUUCCCCAAGCAGUUUCCAGGUAAACCAGAAUCGACGUCUUUCAGUUCCUCGGUGGAAUCGUUGCAUCCUGUCAAAACCUGUGCUGGGAAGGAGUCUGUGGUGAGCACGCCCCAGUGUGUGAGCAGCAAACGCUCAUUGCCUCAACGGAACCAACAUGCAGGUUCUGCAGGCAAUAAAACGACAGCCAAGUCGCUGGCUCACACUUCCUCCACUGGAAGCUCACUAGACAGGUCUUCCUCGGAAUGUUCCAAUUUUUCUUCCUCACCCUACACUCUGACCCCUCCUAACAGCAUUGAAUCCACUUUAUCCCCUGUAGUUUCUCAGUUCUCCAAAGUCCCCUCGGACCAGGGUCAGCCGAGAAAAGCUUUUAAGUCGUCCACGUCAUCGUCCUCAUCACCACCCUCCUCCCCACCUCCAACUCCCGGCUCUUCGUGUACACCAGACUUGUCACCGGCUAAAACUUGUCAGCCUCCCCUUCCUCCCCCUCCACCUCAGUCUCUGGGGAAAACAGCAACUACAACAACAUCAACCUCGCUGGUUGUGGAAGUGACCACCUCCUCACCAUCGCCUGUGACAGCGACCACAACCAUUGCCCUGAGCAGUCACUCGAUGAGCACCACGCCCACGUUUGUCAUGGCCACCACUCCCAGUGCUAAAGAAAUGUCCCUGAGCUCUGCCUCGGAGCCGCCAGUGGCACCCUGUGUACAAGGGGGACACAACAGUGGGAGGAAGUCGGCAAACAGUUGUAAGUCUUCGAAGACGCAAGAGGCAAAGGAGGGAUCAAAACGGGUUAAGAUUCCUUUCAGUUGGCAGAGGAAGCUGGAUAAUGGCUGCGUGGUCUACUUAAGCCCCAGCGGUGUACAGCUGAGGUCCCUGGAGCAGGUGUGCGUGUACCUGCUGAGUGACUCCACCUGUAAGUGCGGCCUGGAGUGCCCCGUGCAGGUGGACAACUUGUUCAGCUUCGACCCGGAGGUCGGGAACCAGCCGUGGAGCUCAGUCUCGGGGGAAGAGGACCUGGCCAGUUUAUGUAACCACCGCAGGGAGAUUCUUGCCAUGGCGGCAUUCCACAACUCGUGUGCUGAGGCUGUGGAGAGUUCAGAUUUAGUUGAGUCUAUGGGCAAGAAACGGGACAGAAAAAAAUCUUCCAGCAGUUUGGACGGGCUGAUUGUUGCGCCACCAAAGAAGUUGAAGACGAGCAUAACGAAGGCUGUGAAUAAACACGCAAUGACGCUCAACAGCAGCGCCCAGUUGACCAGUCAGCUGACAGAUCCGGCGUCCAACGCCAAGUCUCCUCCGUGUGGGAAAGAGCUGCCAGUGUUGGCCCCCCAGCCCCCCGUGUCCCCGGCAAACUCUCACAGUACCAGAGCCAGCUCGUGCCCGUCCACCGAUCUCAUGGAGGACUCGCCUCAGCUCACCUGGCAGCCGGCCUUCUCCUCUGGCCAUCAGCUGGACAUGGAGACGGAGUCUGGAGUUCCCUCCUCUCUGCUCCUGCAUUCUCCGCACCCUCAGGCUUUUCCCAUGACCACAACGGGACUGGACGCUGGCAAGCAGCAGUUCCCGUCGCUGCGGUCCGCUCCCAAUAGCCGAUUCUUUCCCCAAGCACCAGCGGUGGGGAGCCAUAAACCUGCUCAUUCUCCUCACGCGUACCUGUCGAUGAGCAGCAACAGCCUGCCGUGUCACCUCAAGAGCCCCAGAGACGGCCUCCCGCCUCCCACAGCCCUGCCCGUGAACUUGCCGCUAGCCAGCCAGCCCCCCGGGCCAGUAGGAUCGGCGUCGACCCCUCAUGUGUUCUACCCACAGUCGGUGUACCCAAUGACCCCGGCCGUGACCCCCCAGCAGCCCUCAGCGCCACCUGGGAGCUUUCAGCACGUGCCUUGGCCGGGCCCCGGCGCGGUGAGCCCCGUGUCCUCCCCACACCACCACCCGGCUCACGGCUUCUUCCAGCACCCCAACCUGAGCGGCCACCCCAACCCCACCCCUUUCCCCAAACACAGCACUCCUCAUCAGCAACUUGCAAGUACCUCCUGGGUCGACGCCUGCAAAUCAAAGUCGAAACGACCAAAGAGCAAAAAGGAUAAACAGAAACUGAAUAGCAUUGUCGACCGCAGCUCUCCUUGCACAAAAACUUGUUCCUCUUCUUCCAACAAAACUGCUAAAUCUCCUUUGCUACCGUCCACAACUGUUUCCUUCUUUGAAAAUCCCACAGUAUUUGUGGAGCAGCAGACGGCCAUAAUCAACAACUCGAUAGCAUUAUGUCAGAUGUCCUGUAGCACCCCGAAUCCUCCGCCACAGACGAACCAUGUGGCGGUCAAAGCCGAAGAUUGUACGGACGAGAGCGACGCCUUGUCAUGUGACAUAGACCCCAUGCCUGUCGGCUCCAAGGGGGCGCGGAAGGCGAGCUUGAACGAAGAAGCUUCCAAGUCGGACAGUUUGGACAAAGAUGAAGAUGACCUGAAGACAGGAACAGAUUUGGACAGCAACAAAAGUUUUUCCGACACGACGGAGAACAAUGACUCAGCCUAUCUUAGCCAGACCGGGAGUGACCAGGAGAAGUCGGACACCGUGGACGGCUCCGAUUCCAGUCUAGGGGAGUGUAAAUUGAAAUCUGAUCUGUACGAUUUCCCUUGUGACCUGGUCAAACAAGAGACUGAGCUGGACACCGCGGCCAGUUGUGCUCCCCCGCACUUACCCGCCAAACUGGAGGAAACGGUGGCCAAAAGUUCUGUGAUACCCAAGUCUGUCUCCUCACAGGUGAGCACAGCCUCGGUCAAACCGAUGCCGCAGAAGAAAGAGAGCAAGCCCUGGGACAAGAAGGCCACGGUGCGGUCCAAGCACAAAGCCAAGAGUCCUGCGCCCAAGAAGGAGUUGACCACGGCGCCACACGUCAGUCCGGCCGACUGUACCAAGGAUGGUGUGGUCAGCAACUCUUGGAACAGCGGCACUUUGAACGGAGACUUGUCACAGCUGCUGGCGUCCAACAACUGGAACAUUGCCUCGGUGCAGCAGGUGCUGUCGCAGUACGGGACCAAGGACCCCGGUCAGCUCAGCUCGGCCGUGCAGCAAGUACUUGGCCAGGCGGCCGCCCCGGGGACAGAGUUCCCGGCCAGCACGCUCCUUUCCGCAGCUGCCCGCGCCCAGCACAACCAGGUGCAGCAGCACGGGGGGGACCAACAGUUCCUGGGGGCGGGGCAGGCCAGCCAGACUCUCACCUGUGUGGGCACGUCCCAGCAGGCAAAGCUGGAGGUUGGGGGGAAGGCGGGGAUGGUGGUGGAAGGUUCUGUCUCCGCUUGCAGCACGUCCACAGGGGUGACCGUGGUCUCCUGUGGCGCAGUGGGCUCCCAGCAACAAACUCACCAUCAGCAGCAACAACAACAACAGCAACAACAACAACAGCCGGCGACGGUGUCGGCCCAGGUUGGGGCCAGUCCCACUCUGAUCGGGAACAUGAUGCAGUUCCAGCAAGUGGCCGCACCGGCCAAUCUGACCAUGAACAUGGUCCUGACCGCCAACGGGCAAGGCCAACAGGUGUACACCUCGGAGCCCAUGCAGUCGGUGGUUCCCAGCCUGGAGCCGGAGCUGAAGCAGCAGUCUCAGCCGCACUCGGUGCACCCGCUGGUGGCUCAGGGCAUGGUGGCUCAGGGCACACAACACACCCAGCAGGACCUGAGCUCCCACGUCAAGUUCUCCAUGUCGCCCGUGCUGCCGUCCAGCCUGGGACCCACCGUGGCCACCUGUGGCCCUCAGGGAGAGCCGCCCGUGUUUCUCAACAACUUUGGCCCCCGUAUGAUCAUGAACACCCCCAUGCCGCCCGUGUCGGUGUCGGUGGUGACCAACGUGACCAAGUCUCUGGCGCAGGUCGUACCGGCGCUGGGCAUCAACCAGGCCAUGUUUGGCACGCAGCAGUUGGUCAACACGCAGGCGGGGACGCCCACGCAGCUCAUCAACGCUGCCGCCGUACCCCCAGGCACUCAUGUGAUCAAUCCGGCCAAUCCGAGCACGGAACUGAUGAGCAACGCGGCCAAUCAGAGCGCGUCUCUGCUGAACGCCGGCGGCCAGACAGCAGGCCAGCUGGUGAGUAACCCGGGCCAGGGCUCCCAGAUCACGCUCCCGGUGCAGGGACUGAGCAACCAGCUGUUGAUCACGAACCCCAUCCACCAGAUGUCCCCCUCCAACUCUCUCUCCCAACUCUCCCCCGCUGUGGCCGCACAGAUUCUAGCGCAGGGCGGACAACAGAUCCAGCAGGUGUCCCCUUCCUUCUUGCCCGGCCAGAUACAAAAAGCGGCCCCAGCCACCUCCUCUCUCUUAAACAACCAGAAUCUGUUUGGUAGUGUCUCUCUCCCCACCCUCACAGUGACUUCCGGCACUCAAGAUUGCCUCUCUAACGCCGUCUCGCAGCCGGGGAUGAUCAGCCUAAAGCAGGACCACCGUCUGGGCGACCUCUCCAAAAGUUUACGGGGGUCAGACAAGCAGGAUUCGGCGGGGGGUCUGGUGCAGACAAAGGACGGGAACGUGUCUGUGUCGGGGGCUCCCUCCGUGUACUCCGCGUCCAGCCAGCCCGUGUUUGUGCUGCCUCCGGCCAACGCCACCACCAUGAUGCAGGUGCUGGGCUCCUCCCCCGGUCAGCUCACCCCUGCCUGCAGCCUCCCCGCCGAGCUGAGUGGUCAGCCAGGCCUGCAACAGCUGUUCAAACAGUCGGCGGCCGACCCAGGGUCGUUGCAGAGCCUCCUCCACAGCGGGUUCAACCCCCUGGCUCUGCAGCAAGUCAUGAACACCGUCAACUUGGGCAGCGUUCAGCAGCAGCAACAACAACAGCAGCAGCAGCAACAGCAGCAGCAACAACAACAACAACAGCAGCAACAACUCCAGAUGCUCCAGCUCCAACAGUUGAUGCUGCAACAGUUCCAAGGUCAAGCUCAGAACCUGCAGGGACUGUCGCUACCGCUCCACCAGAGCCCCACCCCCCAGCCCGCCCCAUCCCUGGGCGCGGCGGCCAUCAUGAACGCGGUGGUCCCCCCUCCCGGCCUACAGCUGAACCCCGUGGUGGACAUGAACGCUCUACAGCAGAGCCUCUCCCCCGUGGCCCAGGGCUACCAGAACCAGCUGUCCCCGGCUGCGGCCGCCCAGCUGCAGCACAUGACCACAGCCCUGACCGUGCAGCCAGUGGUCCCUCUCACCUCGGGCUCGGUCAGCCUGAUAGCCAACACCAGCGUGCCCGGCCUUCAGGUACAGCCCGGCCCGCCGCCUGCCUCUAAGAAUCUGGUCUCUGCUGUGGCAGCUGCCGCCCCCCCACAGACAGCUCAGCAGCCGGCCUCCGGACAGGUAAUUGUCACUAACCCUCCCCCAACAUUAACUCCUUUAGCUCAGGCCACUGCGGACUCUCUCCCCCCACCCCACAGUUCGCAGGUGCUCCCCCUACCUCCCCCACCACCACCACCCACCACCACCACCACUAGCAACACCGCCACCACCAGCACACCAAGCUCCAACAACAAACCACCAGCUAGUACCCCCGACUCCACGGCCAGCCCGGCCAAAGCCACGCCCCCCGCCUCGGGGAAAACUCCGUCAAAGUCAAAGUCCAAGUCGAAGAAAUGUGAGAGUAAGAAGUCGUCGGAUCCCGAGUGUGAGAGGAACGAGGAGGACAUCAUGACGGCCGUCAACCAGAUACUGGCCCAAGCCGUGCAGCAGCAGAAAGAGUUGAACAUGGCAGCCAAAAACCAGCCCCCUCCUCCGCCAAAGAGCAAAAGCAAAAGGUCGAGCCAGUCGCGGGCUAAGUCCAACCAAGCUUUGAAGGAACUGGAACUGGGCAAACUGGCCAGUAUAUCGGACGGCGUUGUCUUGGGGGCGCCAGAAGUAGCAGCCGUCGGGGAAAAGCCUGGCGGAGAUUUUGUACUCUCCGCAGAAAAUGUCGUGGUAGGUGUUUCUGGAUGUCAAAUUGUGAACGGUGGUGGUGGUAGUAGUGGCGGUGGUAGUGAUGGUGGCGCUAGUGGUAGUAGUUGUGGUGGUGGUGGUGGUAGUAAUGGUGGUCGCACAGAGACAAAGCGGCAAAGUCCCAGUGUUGUGUCCAACAGCCGUGCGGUAACGCCCCAACAAACGACGUGUGUGGCUCCGCCCGCGACUGUGUCUGUGUCACAGAAUAACGGAGGCCCGGCCUCGAAGCCAGGGGUGAACUCAAGCUUUGUGGAGCAGACUGUGAGCCAGACACCGGGGCCCGUGGUCAGUGUGAGCGGAGGGAAGAAGAGCAUCUCUCUCAAGGACCAUCUGUCCUCCAUAGUGGGCAAGGACAAGGAAGGGGCCAGGCGACGAGCGCAGCACGACUGUGGCCUACAACAGCAAGUUGACCCCCGUGGUGUUUUGAAUGGUCACUUGUCCAACUGGUCACCUCCCUAGUGCUAGAGAUGUGCCAGCCUCUGACUGUGUGAUGAGCGUGCUCGCGGGCAAGGUGUGUGUCGCAGUCCGCCCCUAGCUGUGUGUGUCGCAGUCUGCCCUAGCUGUGUGUGGCGCAGUCCGCCCUAGGAAUGUUCAGUUCUUGAUGAGGCUGCAGAUUUUGUGUUGCCCUUAGUUUUAAUUUGAAGUUUCAUUGACUAUUGCUCCCCCCCCCCCCCUCCCCUCCAAAUGUCCCUGGUUCAAUAUAAGUAACAGUGGAAUAGUACAAAGGGUUAGUAAAGACUUGUCUUCAGUUGUUGUAAGCUGACUGACCUUUUUGUUAUAGCCAUACAGAAAUGUUGUUUUAGUAUUAAGUGAAGUAUAUAUAUGUUAUAUAUAUUAUGAAUGAUAGAUCUUUGCUUUCAGUCUGAAGCCAUAUUUUCGCUACAAACUUUUUUGUUAGAAUAGUGAACUGUGUAUUUGUGUUUUUUAAUUUAUAUUUACAGAAAACACAGCUGUUUUGGAGUAUUGCAAUAUGAUUUGGUGAGGAGCUGUCUGUCCUCUAUGAUAUUGUGUUCACAAGAGAGUGCAGAGAGGGAAUGUCUCUGUGUGGUGCUAAAGAUUAUGAAACCUCUUUGUCAAUGGUCGUGAUUGCUCUGAACAUGUACAACGUUUUUUUUUGUGUUUUGUGUUUUUUUGUUUUGUAAGAUUGUUUUUCUACGUGCAUGCCAUGGAACCACGUCCCAUAUUUAUUAUCUGGGUCAUGGUAAUAACACGUGUGUGUUGUGAUGAUCAAGAGAUAUGUGGUGGAUCGUGGAGUACAUUUCUGUCACAUUUCUGUAACAUUGGGAAUUUCCUUUAGUUUCUGUAACACCAGGGUGCUUAUUUUCCCCACUCCUCAAUGUCAUCGACACUUUUCUUUUAUUCUGAUUUCUUUUUCCUUUUUUUGUGGGAAAACUUAGUUUGGAUUUGGAGUUAAUGCAUAAAAAGAAUUUUGUCUCCAGAUUUUAUGGAGGUUUUUUUUUUUUUGUGUCUUUCUGUUCAACCCUGUGAUAUUAUAUAUAAAAUAAAGUUCAAUGUUAUUGUGUGGAAAAAAAAGAAAGCCAGAAAAGAAGAGAAGAAACUUCUGUCUUGUUUCUUCCAUAUGGUUAUCAUUUUUGGUAAAGACAGAACCGGAGAUUUGUGGACUGUGAAUGUUUUCAAUAGCUGGGAGCUUUGUGUCAUAUUUUACUUUUCCGUGCUCCGAUCAGUGUAUGUGCGUUGUAAGAAUCGUUGUUGUUUUGUGUGUGCUAGUUGGUCGCCAAGGAGAUGGCUUUAGGGUGUGAGAGUGUUGGGACGUGUGUGUUGGGACGUGUGUGUGUGUGUGUGUGUGUGAAUGGUUGGGUCAGUUUUAAAGUGUGCCAUCGUGUGUGUGUCUGUGGGGGUGUGUACUUGGCUGUGUGCCCGUGUGUGAGUGGGGGGAAGUAGCGCGGUGUGUACUUGGCUGUGUGUGGGUGUAUAAAGUAGCGCUGUGUGUGCUUGGCUGUGUGUGAGUGUGGGGAAGUAGCGCGGUGUGUACUUCGCCGUGUGCCCGUGUGUGAGUGGGAGGAAGUAGCGCGGUGUGUACUUGGCUGUGUGUGAGUGUGUGUCGUAGCGCGGUGUGUACUUCGCUGUGUGCCAUAAUAAAGUGAUGGACUAAAUGGCAGGUUCAAGGUG